AUGUACUUCCCCUCACAGCUAUCCUCACCUUCCCAACAACAAUUCAGUCAUUACAGAACAAAUAGGAUUCACCGCAACAGAUCCCAGGUCUCAGGAGUGACACGCCGGGAGCUGGCUGAGGGCGGGGAGGGCAUCGAUGAAGAUGAGCUUGCCAUCAUAGAAGGGUGUUUGGAGUUGGAGGAGGAGAUGGGGCUUAUGGAGGAGAGGGCAUCUUCAACAUAG